UGCAGUAUAAACCGUUAUUCGAGCGAUAUAAGACCCCAAUAGUCUCGCAGCAAAAUAACAGCCGUUAAAAUCGUCGAGUACCACUAGAGUUGAGCCAGUCAGCGUACUACUUCGGUACAGUGCCGUAUAUCUAAGUGACUUUUGCAGCGGUAUUUCUGUUGAAUCAUGCCUCUAUCAGUUCAAGCGUUUAAUAUUUAUAGCAGAAUAUUAAACGUUGAUACGUAAAAGCAGUUGCCCACGUGCGAGCGGAGAGAAAAAUCGAAGAUCUUUGAAGGAGCUCAGUCCUCGCAGGGUCUCUGGUAGACUGAACGAAGUUUUCUUUUUCCGCUAAGGUGUCGAGCGCGAAUCCUCCGACGAGAGAUGGGCUAUUUUCUAAUUACUCUGACCGUCGGUCUGGCGGUGUUGAUCCUCUCGAGGUAUUGUUGCUUUAACACGAGCGAUUCUGUCCCGCAAAUGACGGAGGUUUGGUGGACACCCGGUACGGAAAAGCUCGCCGACAACAAGGUCAAGCCGUAUCGCGUCAGCUUCUCCCAAGAGAUGCUGGAAGAUUUGAAGUACCGGCUGAAGCAUACCAGGGACCUAACGCCGCCUUUGCAAGACGUCGGUUUCUCUUACGGCACCAACACCGAUGUUUUGCGUAAAUUUCUGGACUACUGGGCGAACGAUUACGACUUUCGAAAGCGCGAAGAUUAUAUAAAUCAAUAUCCGCAGUUUAAGACCAAUGUGCAGGGACUGGACAUUCACUUCCUGCGUGUAAAACCGAAGAACGCGGCCGGAAAACGCGUGUUGCCGCUCCUAAUGUUGCACGGGUGGCCCGGUUCCGUGAUUGAAUUUUACAAGGUCAUUCCGAUGUUGACCACCGCGAGACCGGAGCGCGACUUCGUGUUCGAGGUGAUAGCGCCUUCCUUGCCCGGCUUCGGUUUCUCCAGCGCCGCCACGAUACGCGGUCUGUCGAGUACCAAUAUGGCGGUAGUUUUGAAGAAUUUCAUGUUGAGGCUCGGCUUCGACAAAUUUUACGUCCAAGGUGGCGACUGGGGUGCCAUUAUCAACAACGACAUGUCGAUUCUCUUCCCGCAGCAUGUGCUCGGUAUGCAUUCCAAUAUGUGCACGAUAAUGAACCUGUGGUCGAUGUUAAAAGAGACAUUCUACAGCUACCUCCCUUCGAGCAUUUCACCUUUUGGCGAUUUCAAGCCGCGCCUGUCACCGAAAGACCAGCUAAUCUUCACGCUGAGGGAAAGUGGAUACUUUCAUAUUCAAGCCACAAAGCCCGACACGAUAGGGGUCGCUCUAGCUGACUCACCAGCCGGGUUGGCGUCGUAUAUCGUCGAGAAAUAUUGGCUCAUCACGGAUUAUUCCAAGUUCAAAGAGGAUAGCAGAUUUGAGGAAAAAUUUACGUACGAUGAGCUUAUCGAUAUUCUGAUGAUGUACUGGGUGCCGAACAGCAUGACUACAGCCAUGAGAAUAUAUUCGGAGUGGAUCAGUGAUCACGUAUUCAACAUGUUACGGCUGCCGAUAAAGGUUCCCAGCGCCUGUGCGCAGUUCCCCAAUGAGAUCAAAGUACACGCUACGAACAUACUAAAGGACAGAUACUUGAACCUCGUGCGCGUUACUCCUAUGCCUCGAGGUGGUCAUUUUGCAGCGUUGGAGGAACCUAAAUUAUUCGCGGAUGAUGUCUGGGCCUCCAUCGAGGAGAUGGAAGUGCUGAAGAAGAAGACGAAAGAGGAGAAAAAUGAGGGCAAGAAGAGCGAUUUGUAAUUCUCAGCGAGAAUUCCAUCCGCGAUAAACGAUGUUAAAUAUGUUUUAAAUCAAGAGCUCGGCAAAAUGUGCACGCGACGGCCGAUUUUCGACUAUUUCCGCCCACCGCUAUUCCCUUUACCUCGCCGCUCCGCGCGCUGCCUGCAAGUCGCUCGAGUCCCAGGAGCGUGUUUCCAAUAGUUUUCCAUGUCACCCAUGAGGUACUAUUGUUGACGCGUUUUCCUUUAAGUGGUAUCCUCAGUAAGCCUAAUCCACCGGUGACUGUAUCAACCCGUAACUAAUUGAACAGAAGCGAAUUAAAAGAUGUUAAAUGAAGAAUAUUCAAUUGGAUUUUCGGCGUCUUUUAUUGGUAAGAGUGGAAACGUCAAUUUGGAUAUUGCAUGUAGCGAGCCGCAUAAGACGUGGUAAGGAAUCGUCGCUUAAAGAAGAACACUUCUCAUUGUUUAUAAACUUUAUUUUUGAAAAAUGAAGAGGCCUCUGGGGAUACCACUUAAAAAAAAACGCGUCAACAAUAGUACCUCAUGGGUGACGUGAAAACUAUUGGAAAUACGCUCCUGAGGCUCGAGCGGCUUGUGAGCAGCGCGCUCGGAGGUAAAGGGCGGAGCGGCGAGGUAAAGGGAAUAGCGGUGGGCGGAGAUAGUCGAAAAUCGGCCGUCGCGUGCACAUUUUGCCGAGCUCUGUUUUAAAUUAUCGUUCAUGUUUAUCUUCUAUGUUAACCAAGUUGGACUCAAAUAAAAACCAGAUAUUUAAAUAAA